AUGCUUCAACCACCAGUCCUCAGUGGCGAAGAAGGCAAGCUCUUCUACAGAGAGAUGCCGUCCAUUGCUCCUCUUGAUAUACCCUCAGAGGAUCCUCCCUCCUCGCCAGACUCCAUUGCAUUGACCCCGGACGAAGGUCAUGAACAGCCAGUGAUGCAGACCAUACUUGAAGAUCUCAGACGGUCCCUUGGCGAUGCUGGCGUUGAUUGCGAGAAAAAGAACAUCUCAGAGCUCAUGGCUGCCCACAGGCGAAACAGACGUGGCGAGAAACUUGAGCAGGCUAGAACUCUCAAGGUGAGGAAGAAGACUAGAGGAUUCGGGGCCGCCAACGGGUCACCAAAAAAGUGA